AUGCUUCGGUACAAGACGGGCACUGAGAUGGUGACUCUCAAUUAUGGAAUGAAGAUGUUGAAUGUGCGGGCACCAAUGGGAGUGGUGCGCUUGGGGGCGUCGAUCGGAGCCAAGUACACGGGAAAGAUUACGAAGCCAGGCCUAUUUACUGGGAAGAUCAAUAUAGUGCAUGGCGUUGACACCGUGAUUCGCCCUCCGUGGUACCAGGGAGUUAAGUGA